AUAGAACCGGGUCCUCACAAUGACGAUGCUAUAGGCUAGAGUCGCCACAGCCUGAUAUCAGCAGGCCCUGUGGUACCUCAAUGGCUAAUAAUAAUACACUAGUGAACUGACUUUAAGAAGGUGGAAUAAGAGCAGAACUAGAGCAGCGACAGCACUGCGAUAAUCUGCGAUAGCUCCAGAGUGGAAUAGGACGAAGGCCUGCCUCGGCUCCAUCAGACUCUCAGGUGUUUCUGUGCAGGCUGGUAGGAUAGAUGGUAUCUGGAGUGUGAGCGGUCAGUGGGAUGGCUCAGAGGGUCCGUCAGAGGCCUCUCAGGCUGGAGCGACUGGACUCUAGUCUGGACCACUAUGACCUGCAGGAUGAUGCUGAGGAGCUGGACGUCAGCAGCAGCCCUGACUGCUGUGAUGGGAAGCAGCUGGAAUCCAGAAACAUCCCUUUUCAAGCGAUCUACAGCUUCGUUCCAUUCAAGUCUGUGGACUGCGCUGUGUUUCUAGAGAACUCGCCGAUUCUUGUGCAAGUGACCGAAGUGGAGCGCUUCACGUCUACUAGGGUGCUGAAUCCCAACCUGUACACCAUCGAGCUGUGCCAUGGGAACUUCUCGUGGAAAAUCAAGCGGCGCUUCAAACACUUCCAAGCCCUUCAUCAGGAGCUCCUCAAGUUCAAGGCCCUCUUAAAGAUCCCCCUGCCAAGCCGAAUUCACUCUGUUAAAAGAAGGUCAUUCAAAGGUCACAAGAGAUCUCAGGGAGGACACAUGCCCACACUGCCCCGCAGACCUGACGCUCUGGUCAAAGAGGAACAGCUGAUCAGCAGAAAAAUGCAGCUUGAAGACUAUUUGAAGAAUAUCUUGAAAAGAUCGUUAUACAGGAAUCAUCCUGCAACACUUGAAUUCUUAGAAGUGAGUCAAAUAUCGUUUAUCCAGGAGCUUGGACCGAAGGGCAUUGAAGGUUUGAUCCUCAAAAAGUCAGGAGGAAACACAUUUCCAGUCUGUUACUGGUGUGGAUCCAACAGUGUGUGCUAUCGCUGGUCUAAAAGAUGGCUGGUGGUGAAAGACUCCUUUGUUCUCUACAUGAGGCCCGAGGACGGCCAAGUGGGGACGGUGAUUCUCUAUGAUAAGGGCUUCCACAUCAAAAUAGGGACACAAGAGACCGGAGUCAGGCAUGGAGUGACAAUUGAGAAUCUUUGCAGAGCACUCACUAUUAAGUGUUCCACGUACAGACAGGCUCGAUGGUGGGGUCACUCCAUUGAUGAAUUUGCUCAGAGGUUCGGGCAGGACUUUUUGAGAGAAAAUCGACACGGCUCUUUUGCCCCAGUCCGAGAAAACACAACAGCGCAGUGGUUUGUCAACGCAGCUGGGUACUUUGAUGCCAUAGCUGAUGCCCUGGAAGGUGCAAAGGAGGAAAUCUUCAUCACAGCCUGGUGGCUCAGUCCAGAGAUCUUCCUCAAAAGACCUGUGGUGGAUGGAAACACAUGGAGAUUAGACCACGUCUUAAAACGGAAAGCAGAGCAGGGCGUCAAGAUCUGCGUGCUGCUCUACAAGGAGGUUGAAGUGGUGCUGGGUCUGAACAGUGAGUACACCAAGAAGACUCUGAUGGGCCUUCACUCCAACAUCAUGGUGAUCCGGCACCCUGACCACGUUCCCUCCACAGCCCUCCUCUGGGCUCACCAUGAGAAGUCAGUGGUGAUCGAUCAGUCGCUGGCCUUCCUGGGGGGGAUCGACCUCGCCUACGGGAGAUGGGACGACUCCCAGCACAGACUGACCGACGUGGGCAGUGUGAGAAGGAGUCCUCAGCCCAGUCCUGCACUUUCCCCCAGCCUCACCAGACAGUCUGCUACUACAGUGCUGGAGGAGGAUGAGGAGAUGAAGUUCAGUGUGGUGGUGGAGGAGGAUCUGCUGGUGGAGGAGCCGGGGGAGAACUCCUCCUCCCUCACACUCCCCAUCACUAAACUCCACACCUCACCAUCAGAGCAGGAGAAGAGCAGACGCAGCUCAGAGACCACCGAGUCCAAGCAAUGCAGCAGUAGGAACAGUGUGAGCUCCAGGACGCUGCCGGCUCGAGAGUGGUACACUAAGAGUUUAUCUCUGCGUUCCAGUGACUCCUACUCACUCGGCCUACACCAUUCCCUCCUGCUGCCUCAUGACACCAGCUCCCUCAGAAGCCACAUAAGCAGCACUGAGCUGUGUGGAGAGACGCGCUUCUGGCACGGCAAAGACUACUGCAACUUUAUCCUCAAAGACUGGGUCAAGCUCAACAAGCCAUUUGAUGAUUUCAUUGAUAGGUAUAAAACACCCAGAAUGCCCUGGCACGACAUCGGCGUGGCGGUUCACGGGAAAGCCGCCAGAGACAUCGCUCGACAUUUCAUCCAGAGAUGGAACUUUACGAAGCUGGUGAAGAAGCGCUCAGGGGCGACGGGUUAUCCCUGCCUCAUGCCCAAGUCUCUCUCCACGCCCAGCGAGCUUCCAGAGACGAGGGGGGAACACACACAGGCCAACGUGCAGGUUCUGCGGUCUGUGUGCCAGUGGUCAAUAGGAACAAAGGUACAUGAGGAGUCCAUUCAUCUGGCCUACAUCUCAGCCAUACAGAACAGCAAACACUUCAUCUACAUAGAGAACCAGUUCUUCAUUAGCUGUGCCGACAAGUCCAUCCACAACAGCAUUGGAGAUGCUCUAACAGAGAGAAUCCUGCGAGCGUACAGGGAGAAGAAGAAGUUCCGGGUGUAUGUAGUGAUGCCUCUGCUGCCCGGCUUUGAGGGCGACAUCUCCUCCGGAGGGGGCCAAGCCAUCAAGGCAAUCAUGUACUUUAAUUACAGGACCAUGUGCAGAGGAGAUCACUCCAUCAUAGAGAGACUCAAACGUGUGAUGUCAGAUUGCUGGAUCAACUACAUUUCAUUCUGUGGUCUGCGCACUCACGCUGACCUGGACGGCCGUCUCGUCACCGAGCUCAUAUACGUCCACAGCAAACUCAUGAUUGUGGACGACUGCACUGUCAUCAUUGGAUCUGCCAACAUCAAUGACAGGAGCAUGCUGGGUAAGAGAGACAGUGAGAUGGCGGUGGUGGUGGAGGACACAGAGUUCCAGGACUCGCUGAUGGAUGGAGAGAUUUACCAGGCUGGCAGGUUCGCCCUGUCUCUGAGAGAGGAGUGUUUCAGGAUUGUGCUCGGCCUGAUGGGAGACAGCAGUGUGGACAUCAGUGACCCCAUGAGCGACCGCUUCUACAAGGAGGUCUGGAUGGUGACGGCAGCGAAGAACGCCAGCGUUUACGACAAGGUGUUCCGCUGCUUACCCACUGACGCAGUGCUGAACUAUAAGCUCUUAAGGGAGUAUAUGUCUCGCUCCUGCAUGGCCACUGAAGACCCCAUCCAGGCCUGCGCUGAACUCCGCAAGGUUCAUGGAUUCCUGGUCCAAUUCCCCUUCUACUUCCUGUCUGAGGAGAACCUCUUUCCUUCUUUAAACUCUAAAGAGGGCAUCAUGCCCAUGGAACUGUGGACAUAGCCUUAUGGGAAGCGUAUCUGGGGAACUCGUUCAGAUGUGAGCUGUACAGGACUAGGAUAGUAAGGUUACGCUUACGCAAUUUUAGUCUUAGCAUUUGUUUGUUUGACAAAAUACUGUCUUUCUCUUUUUCUUUCUUUCUUUCUUUCUCUUUUUCUUUCUUUCUUUCUUUCUUUCUUUCUUUCUUUCUAACUUAAUGUAUGUCUGUCAAAAUGCUGUGUGAUACAUUGUGGCGCCUUAAGGAAUCAAAUAGUGCCCAGAAUCUGUGCGCUGAUCUCGUUUAAAAUUAAAAGUCCUGAUAUUUCAUAACAAUUCUGAAGCAAUACAGAUAACACAGAAAACACUGCCUUACAUCUUAACCAUAUAAAUAUGCAGAAAUUUGGAAAAUUUGAGUUCCAGUCACUUCUUUGCCCUUAUCUUUCUUUUCUGUCUAAUUUUGGCCCUGUUAAAAAAAAUACAUGCAACAAUUAACAAAAUGAAAUAUCAAUUUUAAUAUAUCAGACAUGGGAAACCUUUCAUAAACUAACUACAAAUUUACCAUGAAUAAAGAUAUUUUUUAGAAAAAAAAAAAAAAAACCUUUGUU